AACAACAAUAGCAUAAAUCUUCAGUCGUCAUUUUAUUAAUUAAUCCAACUUUGUUCAGCACUUGUGUUCUCAUAAUCUGCGCAAAUUGUAGCGAACAUGUGUAAAUGAUAUGCGGCAUACAUGUCUAACAAAGUAUUGAAGAAUUUCGAUUCAGACUGGGAAAAUGUCAGAUACAGCAACAAAGAAACUUAAACUGGACAAAACUUAUCAAGAAAAAUGUCCGCAGUUAGAACCAGUGUUAGCAGACAAAUAUCUUGCUGCAGUAAAAUUAGAUGAUGUUUACAUAUGUGAAGUGACUGAUAAGAAGAAAACAUCAGAAAUUUUGAGAUAUUUAACAUUCAAGUAUCCAUUGGACCAAUACCCACAUAUAAAAAGAGUGAAAUCAGGAAAGACAAAUGGAUUAGCAACAGUGCAAGUGAUUAUUUGUGAAAAGAGACUAUUUUCAUCAGCGGACGAUGUCAGAUCUGUGUUGGAGCCAUUUAAGGACAGUAUUGGAAAGAUUGGUGUGUUGAAGAUUCCUUCGUGUCCGCCACUGACUCGCGACCAGUUUAACAGCUGUAUACAGUACUGGCCUGUUAACUUCCACGAAAAUAAAGUACCUAUUGGAGCUGUGAUAGUGGACCCAGUUACUGACAUUGUGAUUGCCAAGGCUUAUGACAUGAGGGCUGGUUCCCAUCCUCUCCACCAUGCUACAAUGGUGUGUAUAGACCUGGUUGCCAAAUCACAGGGUGGGGGAAUGUGGAAAUAUCCUCCAGAGGCUCAGCUGUACUGUGUUGAGCAAGACAUUGAGAUAAAUGAUGACAGUAAAACAGGACCUUAUCUUUGUACAGGAUAUCAUCUGUAUGUCACACAGGAACCUUGUGUCAUGUAA